CAUUUCUGUCAGUGAGACCCUUAAGAGAAACAUUAACCCAAAACGACCUUGUGCUGUUAUUUACUGCUACAGGAACCCCGAUUUACUGCAAAAGAGGGAGAGCAGAGUGCAGUACUGCGAUAAGUGCAUGCAGACAAAUGACUGGACAGACAAAAUUGCUUAAGGCCACACUGAAAUACAGACCAAUCCAUAGUAUGCAUUAGAAUGAUAAAGUUUGGGAAACUGCAUUAGCCCAGAUCAAUUCAAUUACAUAAGACAAGCUAGCAGACCUUGAGUGACAUGAGUGUUGGUUAUACAAAUUUUAUUAGCCUCUGUUGUGUAAUAUCACGCUGGUGGAUGAUAAGCUAUAUCCUGAACCCGUCACCCCUGAAACAAUGCUCUCUACCGCUGUAAUUGUUUAGUGUAUUUUCCCAAGCCACUGGGAGUGACGAAGGGGGAGACUGUUGGCCCGCCUUACGCCCACCCCAUCCGCCAUACACCUUUAUCAGUACAAAACUGCCGCACAUGUGCACAGACCACCUGAAGUUUCGCACAGACAAAAUGACAUCAACAGAGUCAAAGUCAGAGCUUUUUACUGUAGCCUCUGGCAAUGGAGGGGACAGCCUUCAAAAUCAGCCUAAGAGAGGGUCCUUCUUUGAGCAUUACAUUCAGCCAUGCCUGGCAGAGAUCCUCGGCUCCACUCUCUUCAUGUUUGUGGGCUGUGUGUCAGUGAUGGGCAAUGUGGGCAUCAGUGGAAGCAUCCAGCCUGCCCUGGCACAUGGACUAGCACUGGCUAUCGCAAUUGCAAUUUUUGGUGAAAUCAGUGGCGGUCACUUCAAUCCAGCUGUGUCUGUGUGUGUUUACCUCAUCGGAGGAAUGGAAUUAAUUUUCCUGGUGCCAUAUGUUCUCUCACAAAUGUUAGGUGGACUGAUUGCCGCCGGCCUUGCCAAAGCUGUCACUACAAGCAUGGCAUAUGAAAAUGCAUCUGGAGCAGCAUUCAAUGCAGUUCAGGCCACUGAUGGCAUUGGCUCUGCGACUGUGGCAGAGAUGAUAAUGACACUCUUCUUGACAAUGGUUGUCAGCAUGGGCGCUAUUAAUGGAAGGACCCGAAGUCAACUUGCUCCUUUCUGCAUUGGACUUACUGUGACUGCAAAUAUCUUGGCUGGGGGUGGAAUCUCUGGAGCAUGUAUGAAUCCAGCACGGGCAUUUGGGCCAGCAGUGGUGUCUGGUUACUGGACACACCACUGGAUAUAUUGGGUGGGACCUUUGACUGGUGCUCUAGUCACUGUCAGCUGUGUGAGGUUGAUAAUGGGAGACAAGAAGAUUCGUGUUGUUUUUAAAUGAUGGAGGUGGCAUCACGUGCUGAUUCAAGAUAACAUGUAAAGCUAUGUAAAGCAUUGUGUGAUAUUUUUCAACGUUUAUUUUAGUACUAUCUUCUAAAGUUCAUUGUAUCUUUCAAGAAUUUUGUUUUGUUUUAGUUUUUAUAUAGCCUGCCAUUAUGUAUUCUAAUAUUUUAUGUUAAUAA